GACGGCCAAUCUCAAAUCACCACAAAUCUGUCAACAAGGUAGUGAAGCAAUAGGUUCAUCAUCUGAACAAAGAAAUAUGGAUGUUAAAAAUAAAAUUAUAAAAACUGAGUCUGCACAACAUACAAAUAGUAACAGUAAGCAUUUGUACAAAAGUCAAUUGAACACCGUGGAAGAUUUUUGUCCUGAUGAUGCUUUAGACAGGAGCUUCUUAGAUGAUGUUGGAGGUUCUGCAGUGGCUGAUGAUAAACAUGACAGUGAUAGUGAUGCAGAAAUUGGAAACCCCUUAGUUGCAACAUUCCAAGAGGAAAUUGAUGGUGCAGAAGAGAUUACAGAAGAAUUUAAUACACAAAAUUCUAAUAAAAUGGUUUCAAAUGGCAAAACAUUUUCUCACUCUACAAAAAAUAAUUUCAAUAUCAAUAUGUCGAAACUGGAUAUUGGUGAUUUUAAACCACUUUCUAAUUAUGAUCAACCCACCAAUGAAGAGAAUGAUUUUGAUAGUCUAAAAAGUGAUGAGUUGGAUGUUAACUUUGGUUCUGAUGAAUGGAUACCAAGUUCUUCAAAAGUGAGAAGGUCACCAGAAGGUGGAGAGGAUUCCACUGGUACAUGUAGUAUUAACCAAGGUUUAAUAGAGGAGACGAAGGAAACAAAGAAGCACAAAAAAUCUAAAAAGAGCAAAGAUAAAGAGAAAAAGAAGAGUAAUAAGAAAGAUAAAAAGAAACGAGAUGAGCUGGAAUUGUUUUUGAAUGGACAUGGAAAUCAAAAUCCAGAAGCUGAUGCUUACGAAGCUAUUUAAUGAAACAUAUGCUGAAACUAUUGAAUCUGUACUUUGAAUCUAAAUGUUAUUUAAACUAAAAUAAAUCUGUU